AUGCAUUCACCGGGUGUUUAUCACAGUAUUCUAUCUUUGUGGGAGAGUUGCAACUCCCUGGGACCAGAAACUGGAGGAGUCAGACUCAAAGAACACCUCAACAGCGGAUUUAAGGAGACUCGCUGGAAAGGCUGCAAGUCAAGGGAAAUAGGCGAUGGCUACAAGCUCAUUUACUACGGCACAUCAAAUCGCAAUGGCGUUGGUACCAUAUUGAACGGGACGAUUAAAAACAGCGUCACAGCGGUGGAUCGACUAUCGGAUCGCCUGAAUGCUGUAAGAGUAGAUACAGGAGAAGUGGAAUUGCGAGUCGUCUCUGCUUAUGCGCCACAGAUGGGCUGUAGUGAAGAAGAGAAGGCGUGCUUUUGGGAAGAUCUGGCGCAGUACGUCCAAUCCCUGGAAGGAAGUACUUCUAAUCGGAGGAGACUUCAACGGACAUGUCGGUUCUCGGAAAGACAGUACCUUGGAUCAGGUGGUGUAACGCUAAAAGGCAAAGUAUCCAACGGCACUGUACGCUCCAUCUUCGUCGUCAUCCCGAUAGCUGAGAAGAUGAAGGAGGUGCGACUGAGAUGGUUUGGUCACGCCCUGCGGCGAGAGGAAAAUUCUGUUGCCAAAACCGCUCUGAAGCUCGACGUUUCAAGUGUGAGGCCGCGAGGGAGGCCAAAGAUUUGCUGGUUGGACCGUGUGAAGCUGGAUAUGAUAGAUGCGCGUUUGUGUACGGCUGAUGCAAUGGAUAGAACCAAAUGGAAGACAAGAAGCAGGAAGGCGGACUCUGCAACAACGACUCUAAGACGAAAGCCAGGAAGAUUAAGUACGACGUCAUCGGACUGA